AUGCAGUCAGACAAAGAGGACGAGGAAGACGCGGCUCCUGAAGAGUUUGUUGCCUUGUGUGGUUUCUCUGGAAGUUCCUCCGAGCAGCUUAGUUUCAGCUCAGGAGACAGGCUGCUUGUUCACUCCAAGCCUUCAGCUGACUGGUGGUGGGCAGAGCUGCGGGGGGUCAAAGGUUAUGCUCCUGCCAGCUACCUGCAGCAGGGCUCUGCCGAGGGGGAGGACACCUCUUCAGAGGACCCUUGGCAGGAUGACGAAUACUUCGGCAGCUAUGGCACCCUGAGACUUCACCUGGAGAUGUUGUCAGACAGGAGCCGCACCGAGACGUACCGGCAGGUUGUCCUCAGCAACAGUGCUUCCCUGAAGAACAAGGUGGUGAUGGACCUCGGCUGUGGGACUGGGAUCAUCAGCCUGUUCUGCGCUCAGCUGGCUCAGCCCUCCGUGGUGUAUGCUGUGGAGGCGAGCUCCAUGGCGGACUACACCCGGCAGCUGGUGAAGCAGAACGGCUGUGAGGAGGUGGUGGAGGUGGUCCAGGGUCGAGCUGAGGAGCUGGAGCUGUCGGAGCAGGUGGACGUCCUGGUGUCUGAGUGGAUGGGCAACUGCUUACUGUUUGAGUUCAUGGUAGAGUCAGUUCUUGUGGCCAGGGACCGCUGGCUCCGAGAUGGAGGUGUGAUGUGGCCCUCCUCUGCUGCCCUCACCCUGGUCCCAUGUCAAGCCGACAGCUAUUACACAGAGAAAAUGGCCUUUUGGGAGCGGCUGUACGGCUUGGAUUUCACUCCUCUUCAGCCUUUAGCACAGCAGGAGUUCUUCACCAAGCCCAAAUUCAGCCACCUCAUGGAGCCCGACGACUGCCUGGCUGCUUCCUGUGACGUUAUCCGUCUCGAUAUGUACACGGUGCAAGUGAGGGACCUUGAGGAAAUGAAGGGACAGUUUCAUUUUUGUGUGAAAAAGGCCGGGGUUUUCCAUGGCUUCACAGCCUGGUUUACAGUUUGGUUUGAGAGCCUGGAGAAGGGAGAAGCGACAGUGGAGCUGAACACCGGACCAAACUCUGAGUCGACCCAUUGGAAGCAGACUUUGUUCAUGAUGGACAGACCGGUCAGUGUGAACGCUGGAGACUCCAUCAGAGGAUCUAUUGUUCUACACAGAAACCCGACGUGGAGACGUCACAUGACCGUUACUCUGCACUGGAGCAUCAACAGCAGCACCGAUGAUACAGACAAGGCAAACAGCUUACGUUUAUCCCAUUCGUUUAUGAUUCAUAAACUGUCCCAGGGGAUUUUAUUUAUUUUUUUCUUCUUCGUCUCGUUUUCAGGUUGGGACGAAAAGUUUCCCCAUGUGGAGAUGACAAAACUCACCAACGGAAAACCAGUUCAGUCUGUCCACACUCCAGCUGUGAGCUGCUGCCAGUCUGUAGUCCAGUUUGGUUACAAGUAUGGUCUUCAGAGGAUCAUCUGGCUGGAGGUUUGGGCCUGUAGUGAUCAGCCUGAUAUCUGCAGGAGCAAGAGGUGAUCAUACAAAGAGAAGAUGCAACACACCUGGAGAGGAGGAGACAUACGGAUGGAGGACAAACGGUUUCCAUCAGCCAGAGUUGGGCUGAGUUGAGUGCAACAGAGGGGGAAUGCACAUCUCACCACGUUUUUGUUUAUUUUAUUCACAUUAUCGUGUACGACAGCUGAACAGUCAGAAUUGGAUUUACUCUGCCGUUUAUGGUUACAGCACACGUCUUUUGGGUUGUUUAAAUUGGAACAUUUUAACAAUACUUUUUAAUUGUUUAUAUACUCUGUGAUGGACCUGCAACCA